CUCAAUUGCAACCUGCCCUCGGCCAUGGCGCCGACCACCAAGCAGCUCAUGGUACAACACGAGCCCUACGUCGACAUGGUCCCGUAGCCUUCAAUGCGAGACAAGAUUCUGGAAUAUGCCAUGCCGGUUGAUGGACUCCAGUUGAUAGGGGACUUUUUAGCCAGUGACUUGCAGGUCUGGGGCUCCACGCCAUGGGAGCUGAUGGGCUUGGAGAUAGGGCCGAAGUUUGCUAAGAAGUGGUGGUUCAUGAUAGAGGAUGGGAUGAUACUCACUACCAACCAUUGGAGGAGCCAAAGGGGAGAACCACUGUUAGCUCUGACUUUCCUAUGCACAAGC